AUGGGAUGUUUCGCUCUGAAAAGACUGCGUGAAGCUGCCAAUAGCAACGACUUGGACACAGUGCAGCAACUCUUGGAGGACGGAACUGACCCCUGUGCCGCGGACGACAAAGGCCGGACAGCCCUGCACUUUGCCUCCUGCAAUGGCAACGAUCACAUCGUGCAACUGCUUCUGGACCAUGGGGCUGACCCAAACCAGAGAGAUGGGCUGGGAAACACCCCCUUGCACUUGGCUGCCUGCACGAACCACGUUCCUGUCAUCACCACGCUGCUGCGCGGAGGGGCCAGAGUUGAUGCCUUGGAUCGAGCUGGCAGAACCCCACUGCACCUCGCCAAAUCAAAGCUAAACAUCCUGCAGGAAGGACUCUCCCACAGCCUGGAGGCCGUACGCCUUGAAGUGAAACAGAUUAUCCAGAUGUUGCGGGAAUACCUGGAGCGACUGGGGAGGCAUGAGCAAAAGGAACAGCUGGAUGAUCUCUGCUCCAGGUUACAGAUGACGAGCACAAAGGAGCAGGUGGACGAGGUUACAGAUCUUCUGGCCAGCUUCACGUCGCUCAGCCUGCAGAUGCAGAAGAUGGAGAAGAGGUAAUGGGCUUCCAAAUCAUCUUCCUGAUGCAGCAAGAGAAGCCUUACAGAGAAAAAGAGGAAGCUGAAGCAUGCUUCCCAGAUCACUAAACAAACAUUGCUGCCAGCAGCCGCUCCUGCCGGAUCCACUCUCCGGGGGAGCUCGGACUGUCCCUGUGGGUGCUGCCACAGCUGCCUCAUGGGGAGGCAGCAACAGAGACAACAGACAAGAGAGUGCUGCAGCUAAGACUUUUGGAAAAAUGAAAAAAGAGCUGCUCUUCUUUUUAUCAGAUGGGCUGGCGCUGAACAGGAUACCCCUUCCAGAGAUAUUCUGCCUUCUCCUAAGCACUUCAGCUCGACGUAGGUGGUGGCUGAUGCCGUGUGCAGUCACCAGCCCUGACAAGUGCGCUCAGCAGCUGGCCAGCAUCACAGAAAUGCUUGGAACAGGCACCUUUUGCCACCUCUGCGGUACUCGGUUGCAUGGGGGAGAAAGUGGGUGCCUUGGAGAACAGAAGGCUUUGUGCUGUGAGAAGAACACACUCUUAAUUCUGCGUGCUAGCAGCUGAGCAAACACACUGCCUUGAGAAACACACACUGAGGCUUAAUCCUAACCUUCCACAGAGCCCGCGGUCAGAGGGCAGAGAAUCUGUCUGGUUACAAAUGGGAUACAAAGCUUUUAAUCACUAGACUUAACAGCUUUUGCUGGCCCUGGUUUUUAAAUCACUGCUGCAAGUUAGAGCUUAAAUACUACAGUGAAACACUUGCAAAAAAUACGCAGGUAGACAGCUAGCAAGUCAGAGCUGCCCUGAUGCAAGAAUAAAGUUUGGGGGGUGACUUAAUCCUAGCGCAGUUUUAGGCAGACACCUACAUCUUGCCAAAAAACCCCCACCAUGACUGACUUUUGUGUUUCCUAUUACUGGCGCUCUCAGGCAAGAGGUCCGGUUGCGAUAGGAGGUGCUGUGUACUCAGCCGUAUUAUUGGGCUGGGAUGGAGGUGGACUUGUGGCUGCCUCGUCAACACCAAACCCACAGCUGACCCGUACUGUGUUUCUUGCUUGUCAUGGAGAGGUGCUGCUCCAGAACUGCAAGUGCAGCCUGAAGAACAAGCUAUGGACCUCUGCUGGGAGCCUGAAGUGAUGCAGCUACGGAGGAUGCAGGGAAUUGCCCUUGCUAAUCUCUUGCUUCUAUGCCACUGUGGUUACUAAUGAAGAUGUAGAUCGCCUUGUUUAGGAGCAGGGAUCAUAAAUCUUGUAGGUAGGGUGCAAAUAGCAGCAGGGUGACAAGAACAUGCCCAGUAGCAAUCUGAGCUCCCACCUGUAUGCUUAAGAGACAUGGUGUGCCGGUAGCAAUACCCAUCCCACAGCUUGGGAAUCACUGGUUUGGAAGUGUCCAUUCUCAGGAUUCAGCUUAACCAUGCAACAGCCACAGUUUGGAGCAUUCUUCAGAAACCUUCGGGUCAGCAUAUUCUCUAAUAUCUGGCCUCUUGUGUCCCGGAGAAGGCUAAGUGGACCUCCAUGUUCACAGCUGAGCUGCCAGAAAUAUGCAGGGCUUUUAAAUGGGUUCAUCCGCGGGAUGCUGGAGGCCAUGGCUGGGACUAACGGUCUUGUGGUUUGGCUGGAGCUGUCACUGUGAAUCCUGAUACUUCAUCAUGAUGUGCUGGAUGGGAAGGAUAAUGAGGGGGUGGGAGAUGAUACGACCUUUUUGUAUUUUGAACUUCAAUAAAAUCCUGUCAGCCUUUUCAGACUCCUCAGCCAAGUUCUCUCUUUUUUCAGAGCAGCUCAUUCCUCUUUCUUUACGUAUGUUCCAGGCCUUCUUUACGUGUGUUCCAGGCCCCAGGCACCUCCCCAGACUUCAUAACUGCUACUCUCAUACCCAGUGCUGAAAUUAGAAGUGACAACACAAAGCUGUUUGAAUUCAAACACCAGUCUGUUUGCAGAUCGAAGUACACGGUUGCUGACUCACCUUCUGAUCUUGACUCCCGCAGCCAAGAAAUCCAAACUUUAAAUCUAGUUAGUUGCUGUGAAACCGUACAAAUAGAGGAAAGAGAAUCUCAGCGGGGUUGCUUCAAGCUGGAAGAUGGGAUGUUUUGCAAAGAGGAAAAGCAGCCUUGCUCCAUCUGCACUCCUGCAUAAGUAUGGAGCUGGUGGGGAGAAGGUGGCUGAACUCGUGCCUUGCCCCACGCCAGAUAAAAUGGCUGUGCUGUGAAGUGACAGCGAGGGGAUGAGGGGCUGGGGGGGGACAUCCAGGCAGGACAGAGAAUUUCCAGGGUGGUCCCUGUGUGAGGAGCGGGUGACCUUCGUGUCCAGUCUUUACUUACCUUGUUUCUUCCCGUCUUCCCAGCCUUGUCUUGGUGUCCACGUACACCCAGCUGUCAACGCUUCUGCACUCAACAGCCUUGUUGCUGAGGAGACCAUUAAGGUUCCCGAAGAGCAGGCGGCUGAAACGCUCUUUAUCGCUGCGGUUACCUUAGUUGCUGAUGUUGUCUGCUAAUGAGACGCAAAACCUCAAAACCAGGAAGACGCCUAGCUGGGACUCAGAGUGAAGCUUUUAGCCUGAGCACACGUGAUAUUGUUGUCCACAGCUCUUCAAGCCAUUUUCUUGCCUGGCGCCAGUGUUUUUCAUCGCUGCUCAUGACUGUAGCAUGCUUGGAGGGGAAAGGGGGGGCUGCUGCAGCCAGCCGAGCGCUUGCCUUGCCUCUUCUGCAGCAGUGCUCCCUCCGUGGGAGGUGAGGCAGCGCUGGCAGGCCCCUGGAGACUGGUACCAUGAGCUGAGGCAAAUAAAAAACGAGCGGGCUUGUAAGAAGUUUCACCACUGCUUUAGCGAUAACACUGGACAAGAAAGAGA